AUGGCCUCCUUUCGCGAUCACUAUCACCGCUCGCGCAUCUCGACGCUGCUCAAGUUUCUCGCUGCCGCCUGCGUCUUCCUCUACUUCUGUUCCGUCUAUAGCUGGCUACCUGUUACUGGCAACAACAAUAAAGGCUUUUAUAUUUCUCCAAACUAUGUGCCCGAAAACCGAACAAUAACCGCCGAAGACCGUGCAAUUGUCGUCCCAAAGACGAGAGGAGAAAACAUCGACUGGCUCCUGCCCUUCUGUCAAGACUAUGGAUGCACGCCUUUCGUUUACAGCAUGGAGCCUGAAACCGAAGAGGGCCUGCUGGUUCCCGCCACCACCCAGGGCCACGAGGCUGCUGCAUACCUGACCUACAUUACGCAAUAUUACGACUCCCUACCCCCCUACGUCAUCUUCGUCCACGCCAACGAUGAUCAAUGGCAUAACGAGCUGUUUGGCCCCAAGACGAGUACUGCAUUGCGCUUCCUCCGCUACGAAUCGGUCGACGCCAACGGCUUUGUCAACUUGCGAUGCACUGGCAUUCCUGGCUGCCCCAACACCCUUGUCCCCGUCCACCGGGAGCCUGUCGAUGACGAGUACGCCUAUGUUAACAAUGCCUUUUUCCAGCUGUACUCGCAUCUGCUGCAGGUGCCAAUGGACCAGGUCCCCGAGAGGGUCGGCCACCUGUGUUGCGGUCAAUUUGUCGUGACCCGCGAGCGCAUCCAGGCCCGCCCGCGUGAAGCCUACGAACGUAUCCUCAACUGGGCUGCCAACACCGACUUUACUGACAGCUACGGAAUCGGUUGGACUAUUGAAAAACUCUGGCACGUUCUGUUUGGAAUGGAGCCUGUGAACUGCCCCCGCCUCGAACAGUGCCGCUGUGACAACUACGGCUGGUGUGGUCCUCUGCCCUCGGGCGAGAUCUUGACCCCCAUCAUGCCUUGA